AUGAAACUCUCCGCCAUGACCGCGGCGGCGUCCACCGUCCUCCUAGCGACGGGCGCUUCGUCUGCCGCCUUGCCGGCAGGAGGCCAAAAGUCCCCCGAGCCCGUGACGACGGCUUACGCGUCGCGCAUGGCCGAGUCGUGGAUCAAGCUCAACAACGAGCAGCAGCGGGCGGCGUGGUACGGACGCGCGGCGCUGUACACGGGGUACGAGGCCGUGAUUGCUCGCACCGGCAACGACACCCUGCUGGACUGGUACCGGUCCAAGAUGGACGACGACAUUGUCAACCCGGACGGGUCCAUCAUCGACUGGCGGCCCACGCACUACUCGAUGGACGACUACCGCAUCGGCCACAACAUCCUGUACUGGUACGAGCGCACGGGCGAGGAAAAGUACAGGAUCGCGGCGGAUGUCGUCCGGGACAUGCUCAAGAGCCACCCGCAGACGCCGACGGGGGGUUUCUGGCACAGGGAUGUUGUUUAUCCCAACCAGAUGUGGCUCGACGGGAUUUACAUGGCCGACACGUUUUAUGCGCGGUACACCAAGAUGUUUCAGCCCGACAAUCAGACUGCCUGGGAUCACAUCGUCCUGCAGUGGGACAAGAUCGAAGCAGCCACCCGCGUUCCCUCCACCAACCUCCUCGUGCACGGCUUCGACGAGUCCAAAAGCGCGGUCUGGGCCAACGCCGUCACGGGCGCCGCGCCCAUCGUCUGGAACCGCGCCGUGGGCUGGUACAUCUGGUCGCUGGUCGAGGUCCUCGACCUCUUCCCCAAGUCCCACCCGGGCUACGCGCGGCUGAUGGGCUACUUCACCACGCUGGCCGAGGGCCUGAAGCGCGCGCAGGACCCCGAGUCGCACGGCUGGUGGCUGGUCAUGAGCGACCCGUACAUCGGCGUGGAGCCCAACUACCUCGAGAGCUCGGCCGCCGCCAUGUUCACCUAUGGCUGGCUGGCCGGCAUGAAGAGGGGCUGGAUCUCGGAGGACGAGUUCCUCGGCCCCGCGACCCGUGCCUACUCGCACAUGAUCCGGGACUUUGUCACCGAGAACGCCGACGGGACCAUCACUUGGGAGAAGACGGUUGAGGUCGGGUCGCUGGGUAGCAAUGCUACGUUUGAGUAUUACACAGGAAUCCCGGUUGUGCAACACGACACCCGUGGCGUGGGGCCGUUCCUGCUGGCUGCCGUGGAGUGGGAGGAACGGAACAAUAUCCCGUCUUGA